AUGGGUAUUUCAAAAAACUUGAAAGUGUGUUUAGUGCUUUGUUGUGUUGUCGUGAGCAUAUCUGCAGAUAAGAAGAAACGAGGACUCUACCAUGGUUUGUCGGGGUACACGAUACCCUUAGGAGUCGGCGGCUAUCGGUCGUACCAUUCUAGCUCUUAUGCAAAACUGCCAGGAUUCUAUAAAGGAUACGGAGGACAUGGAGGAGUUCUGCCCCCGGGCUACGCUUUGUUUCCAGGAAGUGCGUCGGUAGCCUCGUAUCAUCGGAAUUUCCCGAAAAUUCCGACAGUCUAUACUCCAUCAUACCUUCCACCGCUUGGAGCUCCUUCAACAGUUCUACGGCCUGUUACCAACUUUGCACCGGUGGCUCCAGUAGCCCCAGCAUAUCCUGUGGCACCACAAAUUCCUGCCGCUCAAGUUCCUACAUACUUUCCCGUAGCAAAUCCACAGCAUACAUCAUUCUUCGCAACAUACCCUCAGAAACCUUUUAUCCCUGUUGCGGUGCCCGCUUUAGAGAAACCCAAAGUGCCACUGUUUGUGCAGAAGCCACUGUAUACCUCCUUCACAAAUGUUAUCCCGACAGGAGUGCUUCCUACUGGAGUUUAUAACCCAGCAGUGGGUAUAUCCAACGUAUCGCCAACAUUUGUGGGAGUCCCAAUUGCUGGUCCAACCGCCAGUACACCAACUGUAUCAACGGCAACCGUAACUCAAACCGGGCAGCAACCGUGGCGCCCCGUUGUACUGCACCAUCCAACUCCAACACCUAUUACGACGACAGCCUACAAACCUUCCCUAAAUCUGUUGCCUCCAUACACUCUUUCAACCAACGGGCAGGAACAGAUUUACAUCAGCAGUACACCUGCGCCACACAUACACGAUAGCCAACAACAGCAACAGCAUCAGCAGACUUUGCUGGAUCUGGAACAAGCAUCCCUUCAUCACCAAAGCCAAGACGAUGGGAAUGGAGCGUUCAACGGACAACCGUACGACGUAGCUUCGAAUCACGACCGGUACAGUGGUCCAUCCAGUUAUGAUGUUGAUAUCACUCACAAUGGAUAUCAGAAAAAGUAA